UUUAUUUCCUUGGCAAUGUUUGCUCGGCAAUCUUCGUUGUUUUCUCUGACAAGCGUAGAAAAACUUUUCAUCAACAGCCGCCAUAUUGGAUGAAUAAGGGGCCUAAAUUUUCAGGAACUGUGCUCUGAAUUUUGGCUUCUUUUUUCGUCUAGGCUGUCGUUUUUGAGACGACUGUACACCUCCGUUCUUCAUGGAGUAACUCCGGUAAGGGAUUGGGAAGCCUUCGUCGUGUGAUUGCGGCUCCGGACGGCCCGAUGCUCGGCAGUGCUUGCCUGGGCAGUCGCGGAGCGUUGAAGUUUUGAUGGGGUAGUGCGAUGCCGUAGAACGCGAUCAUGAAGAGACUGUCCCCGUGCCUUGACCAUGAAGAAGAAAAUCGGACUGUGCUACCAUAUAUUUGUGCGUGGGUUGAACCAUCAGAUCUUCUAAAAGUGUAUUGGUAUGUCGAGGAUUUAAAUUCUUGAUAAUCUUCCCCAUUCUUGAGCGCAUAGGGCAUCAGUGGUUUAGGCUUAUCAAUAUGGCUGACCAUCUUGUGGAUGGGCCGCCGAAUAAGCGGCAGAAGUUGGCAGAAACUGGCCUGUCGUCGGACAGCGCAGAUUUCAGCCGGCUCUGGGACCUGGAGAAUGAGCUGCCAGAAGAGCUCAUGGGUUCAGGAGGGGGCCCACCCCUGGGCGACCUGAGUGGUGGCCCCACCCAGCCGGCGGGUGCUGCCCAGCAGAAUGGCACAGGUGGUGAGGAGGCAGCUGGCCAGCGGCAUCAGCAGUUGUCGCAGCUGCUGCAAAGCAAAGCCAACCACGGGAGUCCCAAAGAGCUGGGUGGUGGCCCCAAGCUGCUUGGUGGGCCUCUGCUCAAUGGUCCUAUGGGGCCCAUGGGCCAGGCAAGACCGCCCCCAUCUCUUGGAGGCUUGCUCGGACCAAACUCUCCGCACGGAGGCCCCUCUGGAAUGGUUGCAGCCCCGCCCGGCAUGAAGGGGCCAGGCGGAGCCAUGGGCCAAGCAUCGUUCCAUGGAGGUUAUGGCCAAGUGAUGUCAAUGGGCCAGUUGAGUCAGUCUCAGCAGAGGCCCAUGGGAGCCAACCUCGGCGCUGCAUUAGGCAUGCCCCCACGCUAUUCAAGUGUAGACUCAUCGCAACUGCAAAAUCAACAUGGGCAGCCACCUCCUCAGCAGGCGCAGCAGCUGGCUGGUCCUCCAAUGGGGCAGGCGGCUCCACCCCCGGGUGUGGCGCCCUCCCAGCAGCCGCCACCUCCACAUCCUGGUGGAGGUGGUCCCCCCCUCGGUACACCUCCUGCAGCAGCAGCCCCCUCAACAGCUGACCCUGAGAAACGCAAGCUCAUCCAGCAGCAGCUUGUGCUCCUGCUGCAUGCACAUAAGUGCCAGCGGAGAGAGUCCCAGGCGGCUAAUGGAGAGGUUCGCCAGUGCUCAUUACCCCACUGCCGGACAAUGAAGAACGUGUUGAACCACAUGACCAACUGCCAGGCAGGCAAGGCGUGCCCGGUGCCCCACUGCGCGUCCUCACGGCAGAUCAUAUCUCACUGGAAAAAUUGCACACGCAACGACUGCCCGGUCUGCCUGCCCUUGAAGCAAGCCUCGGAUCGGCGGCAACAGCAGGCUGGUGCUGCGGUGCCGCCUGGACAACAGGGGCAGGGCCCUGCACCAGCUGACAUGCAGCGUGCAUACGCUGCCCUGGGCCUUCCCUACAAUGCAGCUGGCGGGGCCUCCGUUGGGCAACUGGUCAACAGGGGGCAGCCAGUCGCCCAGAUGAAUGACCUGCAAGGGCCACCUGGGCCUAGCCACUGCAGCCCGCAGGAUCUGCUCACAGGGCCGAGCCCCAACUCGGUUGCUCCACCUCAGGGGGCUCCUCCAACUGUGGUCUCCUCCAUGGCUGCUCAAGCACCCCAGAGGCCUCCCCUGGGACCUGCCACUCAAGGUGGGCCUCAAUCAUCGUUCGUUGGUGGGCCUACAUCACCAGCAGCGUUGGCUGCUGCAAAGUUGAUGAAGGCUGUUCAGCAGCAACAGCAACAACAGCAGCAGCAGCAAGGCGGCCCUGGGGCCGUGUCCAUAGUUCCCCCAAACCAAGUGGCUCCCCCAGGGAGUGCGCCAAGCGGUGUGAGCCUAGCGCAGCCAACGGGAGGAGUCGCCAAAGACUGGCACCAGUCAGUCACCCGGGACCUCAGGCAUCACCUGGUGCUCAAAAUAGUGCAAGCCAUUUUUCCCACCCCCGAGCCAGCUACAUUGCAGGACCGGAGGAUGAACAAGCUAGUCGCAUAUGCCAAGAUGGUCGAGGGAGACAUGUACGAAAUGGCCAACAGCAGGGAGGAGUACUACCACCUUCUGGCGGAAAAGAUAUACAAGAUCCAAAAAGAGCUUGAGGACAAGCGGCGCAAAAGCAAGGAGCAGAUGCAACUUCAGCUGCAGCAACAGCAGCAGCAGCAGCAACAACAACAACAACAACAGCAACAACAACAACAACAACAACAGCAGCAGCAGCAGCAGCAGCAACAACAGCAACAACAACAACAGCAACAACAACAACAACAACAACAACAACAACAGCAGCAGCAGCAGCAGCAGCAACAGCAGCAACAGAUGCAUGCAGGCACCCCUCCUAUGGGAGUCCCACCAAACACCCUGGCUCCUGGAGCCACCGUGCCAGGCCGAGGACCAGCACCUGGAUUGGGUGCAGCUGUCAAUUCUCAGAUGCAGCCUGGAGCACCUUCUCACUUGAGUGGUGCCACUGGAGCAUUGGGUGCACCAGUACCCCAGCGUAUGGCACCCCCCAACAUCACUGUGCCCGGGCCUUUCCCCCCCAACUCCUUAGGGGCUCCCCCAGGGGCGCCGACUGGCUUUGGGGGACCACUGCAGCAGCAGCAGCAGCAGCAACAGCAGCCUCAGCAACCACAGCCACAGACGGCAGCACCGCCAAACUUUGGGGGUGUUGCUGGUGGGGGCAAUGCUUUGGCUGGAUCCCUAGACGGAGGCAUGGGUGCGCUCAACAGCCAGUUCCCACAGUCACAGCAGUUCGAAGCCAUGAAAAGACACCUGAUCCAGCAGCAAGCUCAGCAGCUGAUGAACCAAACAAGUCAAGUGCAACUAGGUGGUGCAACAGGCUCUGCAGCAUCUGCACAGAUGUCCCAGAUGCUACAAUCGCAGCUCAACUCGACACCAGUGAGCCAGCCUCAGGGGCACCUGCAGCAGCAGCCACAGCAGCCGCAACAACAGCCACCGCAGCAGCAGCUGCCGCCCCAGCAGACGCCACCAGGCAGCACAGCGGGCCUGAUACAGCAGUCAUCACUGCUGGGCCAGGCUUCGACACCUCAGCCGCAGGGCCCGCCUAGCCAGCAGCCGCCGCGAGCCUCGUCUGUGCCCUCGAGUCUAGGCGGUUCACAGCCACCGACUCCUUUGGGAGCUCCUGUGCCAGCACCACUACCACCGCCAUCUCAGCAACUACCUGACCAGAUCCUGGCCACUGAGGACCCUGAAGAGUCAUCUCGAGGCCCUGACCCCGAUCUCUCGCUCACCCUGUCCACACCUGAAGGGUCGGCUGCCACCACUCCUGCACAGGGCAAAAAGUCCAUUGAGAACUUUGACAGUAGCUCAGGGGGACCCAAGUCAAUGAAAGAUGGAAGCAAGAUGGAGGUGGACUGUAAACCAGACCUGCGCUCCAUAGGCAAAGGUGAAAACAGGCUGGAUGGUCCUGGGGAGAACGGGCUGCCGUCGUUUGGACCGGUCAAAGAAGAGCCUCUGUCGGUGAAAGAGGAGCCUGUAUCCACCCCAGCCAGCAGCAUGGGUGGAGGUGACGCUCCGACCCCUGCUGCCAAGCCUGAUGUCAAGCCUGUAGUUGCUAAAACGGAGCCUGUCAGUACAGCAGCAGAGUCUUCCUCAUCUUCGUCCAUGUCUGCUAGCUCACCGCCAAAGCCUAGGUCUAAUAAAAAAGUAUUCAAGCCAGAUGAGUUGCGGCAAGCCUUAAUGCCAACAUUAGAAAAACUGUACAGACAAGACCCGCACUCCUUGCCAUUUCGGCAACCUGUGGACCCUCAACUACUUCAAAUUCCUGACUACUUUGACAUAGUCAAAAACCCAAUGGACCUGUCCACCAUUAAACGGAAACUGGACACAGGCCAGUACCAGGACCCCUGGCAGUAUGUGGACGAUGUCUGGCUCAUGUUUGACAAUGCCUGGCUCUACAACCGCAAGACGUCGCGUGUCUAUCGCUACUGCACAAAACUUUCAGAGGAGUUCGAGCAGGAGAUUGACCCUGUUAUGCAGUCGUUGGGGUACUGUUGUGGUCGCAAGUAUGUCUACCAGCCUCAGGUACUUUGUUGCUUUGGCAAGCAACUCUGUACCAUUCCUCGAGAUGCCAAGUACUGGAGCUACCAGAACCGGUACACCUACUGCCAAAAGUGCUUUGCAGAAAUUCCCGGUGAUUCUGUUACCCUUGGAGAUGAUCCUACGCAGCCUCAGACAACCAUCCGUAAGGACCAGUUUGUUGAAAUGAAGAAUGACCACUUGGAACUUGAGCCGUUUGUGGAAUGCCUCGACUGCGGCCGCAAGUUGCACCAAGUGUGCGUGCUACACUUCGAUACAAUCUGGCCCGAAGGGUUUACCUGUGAUAAUUGCCUGAAGCAAAAGGGGAAGAAGCGGAAAGAAAACAAAUUUACUGCAAAGCGUUUGCCAACAUGCAAGCUGGCCAACUUCAUAGAAAAUAGAGUCAAUUGCUACUUGAAGAAGAAGGAUUCUGGGGCGGGUGAAGUCACGAUCAGAGUUGUAUCUUGUACAGAGAAGCUAGUGGAAGUGAAGCCAGGCAUGAAGAUGAGAUAUGUAGAUACAGGGCACUGGCCUGAGCAGUUUCCCUACCGUGCGAAGGCACUGUUUGCUUUCGAAGAGAUUGACGGUGUGGACACAUGUUUUUUUGGGAUGCACGUGCAAGAGUAUGGCUCAGAAUGUCAUCCGCCCAACACCCGUCGUGUGUACAUAGCUUACCUGGACAGUGUGCAUUUCUUUAGGCCCAAACGGUUUCGUACUGCAGUCUACCACGAGAUCCUACUGGGUUAUCUCGACUACGUCAAGCAACUUGGUUUUGCAAUGGCGCAUAUUUGGGCAUGCCCACCAAGUGAAGGGGACGACUACAUUUUCCACUGCCAUCCUCCUGAGCAGAAGAUACCAAAGCCUAAGCGGCUCCAGGACUGGUACAAGAUGAUGCUUGACAAGGGCAUUAUGGAGAGGAUAGUGCUGGAGUACAAGGACAUUCUGAAGCAGGCCACCGAGGACAACCUCAAGAGUGCUUGUGAGCUACCCUACUUUGAAGGUGACUUUUGGCCCAACGUGCUCGAGGAAAGCAUAAAAGAACUCGACCAAGAGGAAGAGGAGAAGCGCAAAGCUGCUGAAGCAUUGGCUGCAUCCGCUGCUGCUUCGGAAGGCAGUCAGGAUGGUGAACCUGAGGGUGCUGAGCAGGGUGAAAAGAAAGGGCAGAAGAGUGGGCGUAACAAGAAGGCCAACAAAAACAAGAGCAACCAACGGAAGAACAACAAGAAGUCUACGGUACCCCACACAGGAAAUGAUCUCUCUGCCAAGAUCUACUCAACCAUGGAGAAGCACAAAGAGGUUUUCUUCGUGAUCCGGCUGCACUCUGCACAGGCUGCAGUCAGUCUGCCCCAGAUCCACGACCCAGACCUCCUUAUGCAGUGUGACCUGAUGGAUGGUCGGGAUGCCUUUCUGACACUUGCCCGAGAGAAGCACUACGAGUUUUCAUCACUUCGGCGUGCAAAGUACUCGACCAUGGCCAUGCUUUACGAGCUUCACAACCAAGGCCAGGAUCGAUUUGUGUACACAUGCAACAGCUGUAAGAGCCACGUCGAGACGCGUUACCACUGUACAGUAUGUGAUGACUUCGACUUGUGUGUGGCCUGCUACGACCGUGAAGGGCACCCGCACAAGAUGGAGAAGCUGGGCUUUGACCUCGACGAUGGCACCUCGGCAGCUGACCCCAAGCAGAACAACCCACAGGAGUCGCAGCGGCUGUCCAUCCAACGCUGUAUCCACUCACUGGUACAUGCGUGCCAGUGCCGGGAUGCCAACUGCCGCCUGCCCAGCUGCCGGCGCAUGAAGCGGGUGGUGCAGCAUUCCAAGAGCUGCAAGCGCAAGACCAACGGAGGCUGCCCCAUUUGCAAGCAGCUCAUUGCCCUGUGUUGUUACCAUGCCAAGCACUGCCAAGAGGCCAAAUGUCCCGUGCCCUUCUGUCUCAACAUCAAGCACAAGCUGCGUCAGCAGCAGUUGCAGCAGCGCCUCCAGCAGGCGCAGAUCCUGCAGCGGCGCAUUGCCAGCAUGGCCACCAUGCAGAACCGGGGAGCCCCUGCCCUGCCACCGGCUACAAGUGCUGCUGUCUCCAUGUCGUCUGGGCCACCUGCGCUUCCGCCGGCGAGCACACCCCCUGGCGGUGGUGGCGGCACCGGCAGCAAGCCAGCGGGCCCCCCCGUGGGAGCAUUGCAGGCAGUGCAGCAGGUACAGGCAGCGGCUGCACGGCAACAGGCUCCUCACCUGGCAGGCAACCCUGGUGGCUAUGGCAAGGGGGCGCCCCCCGCGCAGAAGCCUUUGGCGCCUGCGGGGCCCCGCAUGGUGCCCUUGCGCUGGGAGGGGCCCCCCUACGGCCAGCAGGGCCUGCCCCCCAUGCGACAAGCGCCACCUCCGACCAUGGUGCCUCCUGGCGCCCAGAUGGGGCCACCUGGUGGAGGCCAGCAGCGGCCAAGCCAAAUGACGCCCGCCUUACAGCAGCUGAUACAGACCCUCAAGUCGCCUGCCUCUCCGCAGCAGCAGCAGCAAGUGCUGCACAUUCUCAAGUCGAACCCACAGCUGAUGGCUGCAUUCAUCAAGCAGCGCAGUCAGCACCAGCAACAGCAGCAACAGCACCAACAGCAGCAGCAACAGCAGCAGCAACAGCAGCAACAGGCACCUCCUCAACAGCUGAUGAUGGGAGGCCCGCAGCAACCACCUGGCAUGCAACAGCCUCCCAUGCAGCAACCACCGAUGCAACAGCAGUGGCUGCAGAAGCAACAGCAGCUGCUCAUGAUGCAGCGCCAGCAGCAGUUCCAGCAGCAGCAGCAGCAACAGCAGCAGCAACAACAGCAGCAGCAACAGCAGCAGCAGGGUCCACCCCAGGGGGCCUACCAGCGACCUCGGCACUUCUACCAGGGAGGGCCGCCUGGUCCGGACCAGUACCAGCAGUUUGCCCCUCCGCUCAAGCAGAGCCCCCUGAGCCCCCAGCAGCUGAUGCAGCAAGUACGGUCACCACCCCCGGGCCAGCUGGUGCGCUCGCCACAGCCCUCGCCCAGGCCCAUCCCAUCACCACGGCAGCAGCCCAUCCCAUCUCCUCACUACCCCAGCCAAACACACUCACCCCACCUUGGUGGGGGGCCCCUGGUGGAAGGUCCCCCCAGUGGCGCCGACCUGAUGCUGCCUCAGGGUGGACUGGGGGCAGGGCCCAGCCCGAGCCCCGACCUGGCGCCUCCGCCGCCGCCCCAGCCGGGGGAUGGGUCGGACAUGCUGACACCCCAGGAGCAGCUGAACAAGUUUGUGGAGAACUUGUAGCCCCACCGCCGGUGCGUGCAGAGAACUGGAGCUCCUUGUACAUACCACUGGGCAUGACGCCCACUGUACAGUUCAACUCCGCAUCAGUUUGUGCUCCUCCUUUUUAUGGAUCAUCGGACACAUCUCGCGGCAGUGGACUCU